GAACGGCGCCGUGCGCUUGCUCGGUUACCAGUACAACCAGGGGCUGCAGGCGCUCAUAGAGAACAUCACCAACCUCCAGUACGGCAAUGCAUACUGCGAGGAGUACGCGCGCCAGUUCGGCAGACACGUACAGUCCAGCGAGAACAUUGGGACCUUUCUCGAGGCGACGGAGCUCGCGACUGGGUACGCGUUCAGCACCGCCACGGAUAUAGGCAGGUCGCUGCGCCAAGUCGCCCGGCUCAUUGCGACGAGGACAGCUCGACAGGCAGAGCGGGACCUGUUCUUUGUCGAAAUGUACGGCUUCGACACGCACACAGACUUGGACAUGACGCUCGAGGAUAAGUUUGCUUAUCUCAACUCUGCCCUGGAGGAUUUUGUGAACGAAAUGCGGGGACAGAACAUCUUUGAUUCCGUAGUGCUGGUGACCGCCUCCGACUUCGGGCGCACGCUAACCACGAACGGCAUGGGCACCGACCACGGUUGGGCGGGAAACCAUUUCGUGAUGGGCGGUGGCAUCAACGGCGGACGCAUUUUCAACCGGUACCCCGAGUCUCUGUUGGAGGACAAUGCCCAGGAUUUGGGACGAGGGAGAAUGAUCCCACAGUACCCAUGGGAGAGUGUCAUGGUCCCGAUCGCGCAGUGGUUGAGCGCACAGCCGUCGUCGCGGGGCAGCGUUGGUCGGUUGAGCUCUGUCUUCCCGAACCUGGUCAAUUUCAAUAUUCACACCCGCACCGACGCCCACGCCAACGCCAUCUCCAACAACUCCACCAGUCCCGACAGCAUCCCCAACAGCAUCUCCAACAGCAUCUCCGACAGGAUCCCCGACAGCACCUCCGACACCUCCAACAGCAUCUCCAACAGAAUCUCCAACAUCAUUCCCAACAGCAUCUCCAACAGCCUCUCCAACAGCAUCCCCAACGGCAUCUCCAACAGCCUCUCCAACAGCAUCCCCAAUGGCAUCCCCAACAGCAUCUCCAACAGCAUCUCCAACAUCGUUCCCAACAGCAUCUCCAACAGCCUCUCCAACGGCAUCCCCAACGGCAUCUCCAACAGCCUCUCCAACAGCAUCCCCAACGGCAUCCCCAACGGCAUUCCCAACAGCAUCUCCAACGGCAUCCCCGACAGCAUCUCCAACAGCCUCUCCAACAGCAUCCCCGACAGCAUCCCCGACAGCAUCUCCAACAGCUACUGGCUGCGCCAAUCCGCCCCUCCAGAUUGCGAAGUGUCCGCCUCGAAACUGGCGUCUGCAUAA